AUGGCCAUGCGCCGCACCGUCGCAUUUGCGACUCAAACACUCACGAUUGCAGUACCCAAGAACCGACGACCAAAGUUUGACCUGCACCUAAGAAUAAUCGACCUGAACAACGUACCACUCGUAUCUGGCACAUCGUUUAUAAAAUGGCACCUCUCGCAUUCGACAGCCGCCGAGCAUCGUGGCCGCACAGCCAACUGCCAGGUCAAGGACCACAAAGUCGCCUACAACUACGACAUCACCCUCCCUGUCCGCCUUACUGUUGACAAGAAUGGCAUGCUACAGGAGUGUUGCAUCGAGUUCGAGGUCGUGCAAGAAUACGGCAGAGGCUCGGGAAGAGGCGAACGCAUCACACUGGGAAUCAUUAAGCUCAAUCUCGCCGAGUACAUUGAGCAGAGCGAGAUGGCGGCCAUGGCGGGUGAGGAGCCAGGCGUCACACGGAGAUACCUCAUGCAAGACAGCAAGAUCAACAGCACGCUCAAGCUUGGGAUAUACAUGAAGCAGACGGAAGGCGACAAGAACUUCAUUGCGCCUGCCCUAAAGACGGCGCAAGUUUUCAGUGGUAUUGCUGGUAUCAUGGCAGGAGAGCAGGCCGAGCUUGAGGAUCACGGAGUUGCGCCCUCAUUGACGAGUAAGUCACGCGAAGCCGGCGAACUCCAAGACAUGUAUCGACGUACGCUCGCCGCAUAUUGGUCCGCACAACCCGGUGAGCUCAAGGCAGACGAAUGCAUCGAGGACAUUUUUGCAGGAGGAGAUGGAUGGGGCGAUCGCGAGAAACCAUACUCUCAGCAGCCGCGAGCCCAGCCCUUGCGGUUCGCAGCGGGCGAUAGCAGCAGCUCUGUGAGCGAGAGCGAGCCCAGACACAUGCGCGGCAGCAGCAGCUCUCAUCGCAAGUCGCAUGAGACACUGCGCCCUGGAGACACAAACUCAAGUCACUCACCCAACGUGCGGGGCAGAGGAAGUCUGGAGCAGCAGGCAUCGCAGAUGAAGGCGGAGGCUGCGCGAAAACGACAUCCGCAAAUUGCCCGACGGCGACUUCCUGCCUUUGCUCGUCCACGAUCCCACGCCAAGUUUUCCGCAUCUACUCGCCGCCACGAUAAUGUCGAAGAGCUGGCGGUGCCGUCGCAGGCGCAACAACCAAAGCUGAAGAUCACAAGAGAAGUGACGCCCCUGAACCGACUAAGGAGAAAGAAGGGGGGUGGAGUCAUACGAGAGACAGCAAAUUUGGGCGUGAAGCGAUUGGGCGACGAUGCCGAUAUUUUAGUUCUGAGGGAAAUUGCAGAACUGACACCAGAGAAAGCCGCCGAAAACCUCGAAGAGCCUGAAAAUACCGUAUCCUCUGAAGCUCCUGAAAUCCCAGACAUAGUCGCCUCGCUGCAGGAGGAAGGGAAGGCCGUCACGUCGGAAGAGAUAUACGAGCAGAUUGAAACCUUGCGGCCGAAAAAUGAUAGCGGCCUCGAUGAGCCGCAUUAUGUCAAGCAAACGACCUUUGUCAAGCUUAGGAAAACACUCAUGAAUGGUUUCACACAUCAGCAGUUAAUAGCAUUCUAUUCGGUCGCUAAGAACAUACGGAAGGAGAAAGUGAAACAGGGUGUCAUAAACAGCAUCAAACAGAAGCCAGGAUCAGGAGACCAGGAUCGGUCGGUAGAGCGCUCUGAGUGGCAGCCUGGUACCACGGAUAUCACCCAGCGCUUGCCUGGCGUCGAUCGUCAUGUCAAAAUCAAACGUUACCGUAAAAAUGUCAGCAAACAGCUGCUCGUUGAUCGCAUACUGAGGGACGUCUGGAAUCUCAUGCUUCUGGAAGAGAUAGAGUCGCCUGGAGAGCUUGAGCUUUCCCUGCAAUCAUGGCAGUUGGCGCUCCUGAAGGCCGGCGAAAAGGAAACACUGUUGGACAAGAUUCGACGGACCCGGCGAGCAAGACUCGAUGUAUACAAACAGCACGGCAUCCUUCGCAUCACAGCAGAUAAGACCACAGCCGAGUACGCUGCCGACGAUAUCGAAGAAGCUUUUCAACGCACGGAGAUGAAGGGGAUGAACUUGAGCAGCUAUCUGCAUCAGAAUGCUAACAUCGAUGUUACAUCGAACCCCAAACCAAAUUUGGUCUCGUUGUUCUAUACACAGAAAGACUUCGAUAUUGUCUCGAUGCUGACUCGUACGAGUAUCGAGGCUGUCGGCAAGACCAUGUUAACGAUCAGAGGCUUCGACAAGAACUCUAUAAACGAAGCGAAACGAACACUGAUCCGCUUCCUGCCUUUCGAAGAGCCAGUUACACGUACUUUUGAUACGCAGCAAUUGGGAAAUGACGAUAGCGCAGCAUUCUUAUUGCCAGUGUUCCCAGAAGACAGUUCUGUAGAGUACAAGUACCGCAGAGGUGAUUUAGGACGUCUAUCGAUGCCUAUCGUACGCCUCACGGAACCUGAAUAUGUUGAUUCUGAGGCCGAGAAACUUGCGAAAGCCCCGAAGACAGCAUUGCACGCUCUAGUGAACCGCACUACGGCGACCGUACUACAAUCUGCCUCUGAUGUGUCACUGCCUACACAUGAGCUUAACCAUUGGAUCCCGGAACCGACAUAUAAGCUCUCUGCUGAAUUUGGUCAGGUAUUGUUUCCCCUGAAAGAUGCAGACUCAAAACGAGUAGUAGAAGCAGCGCUCGCCCAACCAUCUCAGUCGCCUUUUCUGCCGACAAUCCCUGGCUUAAAUAACCUCCUUGCCUCACCCAAUCUGACAGCUACUGCGCGCUUGCAAACGCCAUCUUUACACUACCAAUUCAGACCUGAUCUCUCGAACGCGUCUGACCAAUUGUUCCCCAGUCUCAACGUACAGAUGCGUACUGGCAGGAGUGGCGCCAGAGCAACUCUUCACAAAAUGACACUCAGCUUCCAGCAACGCAUCCACGAUGUUCUGCUCCCUGAUAGAGCAUCAGAUGUACGAUUCUAUCGCCGUGGAAGUCUGCACUUCAGCGUCAAGGACCACAACGACAAGGACGUACAGGCAUGGGUCGAUGCUGUGGUAGAGAACAUCGAGAGUGGCGGCCGCCUCACCGCUCCACCCCUUCGCAUCGAAAUUCCCGAGUGGACUAUACCCGGAGUUUCGAGUGAGGAAAAGGGGACGCGCAAUGUCACGUACCACUUCUCUGGUGUCCAAUUUCGGCAAUCUGUCACCGGAAACUUGUUCGGUGAAGACAUCUCAUAUAGCACAGUGCAGUCUGGCAAAUUUGGUGCAAAGGGCGGUGUACUCACGGCACAUUACGACGGCCAUGGCGAUAGAGAGUUGCGCAAUGAAGUUACCGUCAAAGCUUUUGUGGAAAACUGUUUGGAUAUGGUAGACCUGAUUACCGAUGCCAGCAUGCAGACACUGCCUGUGUCUAGACAGCUUCGCCCACGGUAUGGGAAUAGUGAACGCAAGGCGAAGAGGAGCGAGAUGUCGACUAGUGAAUCUCAAGCUGCCCACGAAAACGUCAAACUGGCAAACGGUGUUCUUGAGCCUUUGGGGCAGCAUCCUCACCAUAAGGACGAUGUUAAGGUGGAAGAGGAUAUGGAGGUUGAUAUAAAGGUGGUAGAGGGUCAGCCUGCAGGUGUGAAACAGGAGUCACGAUCUGACGGCCCACGUGCGGAAAGACAAGACGAUACUACCCGCACUUUGUAA